UCAAGCUGGGCAAGAUGGCGACGCCCAGGAAUCCAGGCUGAGGGGAACGAAGGGCAGGGCAGGCGCUGGCUAGCGGAUCUUCUGCCCCUUUGCCCGCCUUGGGCUCUGACAGGUACCAAAAAAUGAGGGAGCAUGAAUAACUGCUCUUGGUGCUUCGGACGGCGGUCUAAGGAAUUUUUCUCAGUACCUUCAGAAAAAAGCCAUGCAGAAAGUGCCAUGCAAAUUUAUGUGUUUCUUCAGGAUCAGUAAAGAAAGAGGAGUUACAUUUCAACAGUUAAACUUCCUCAAGAGAAUGUAUGUAGCACAGCACCACCAAAUGCUCUGCCAGCAAGCAAAACUGAAACCAGAAUCAGCUGCAUCUCCUUUCCCUGAAGGGGAGCAUUUGGCCCAGGAAAAAACGGUUAUCCAUAACGUGAAGUCCCUUAUGCCUCCUUCAUCUGAGAAAUCAUUGAUAAAUGAAGCUGUACGGUCCACUGCAGUCAAUGGUGACUUAGAAACUGUAGUAGGAGUUUUGUCAAAGAAAGAAAAACAAUGGAAAGAGAUGAAACUACAGCUGGAUGAAUUACCAGGCAUUUUGUCCCGUCUGUCCAAAAUCAAACUUACAGCCUUGGUUGUAGGUACUGCCUCAGCUGGAUUUGCAAUGGCACCAGUGCCAUUUGACCUAACAUGCUUCCUGCUUGCCUCCCUUGGAACGGGUCUCUCAUCAUGCGCUGCAAAUUCCAUCAACCAGUUCUUUGAGGUUCCAUUUGACUCAAAUAUGAACAGGACAAAAAACAGACCCCUGGUGCGAGGACAGAUCAGCCCUCUGCUCACCGUCGCCUUCGCUGCCUCCUGUGCCGUUCCAGGACUUGCCCUGCUGACCUUUGGAGUGAAUCCUCUUACUGGGGCCCUGGGAGCCUUCAACAUUUUCUUGUACACAUGCUGCUACACACCUCUAAAAAGAAUUAGCAUUGUCAACACAUGGGUGGGAGCCGUGGUUGGUGCCAUUCCCCCCAUCAUGGGUUGGACAGCAGCAACAGGAAGUCUGGAUGCAGGAGCAUUGCUACUGGGAGGGAUCCUUUACUCAUGGCAGUUCCCUCAUUUCAAUGCACUGAGUUGGGGCCUUCGUGAAGAUUACUCCAGAGGUGGCUACUGCAUGAUGUCUGUCACUCACCCAGCAAUGUGCAGGCGGGUGGCUCUGCGGCACUGCUUUGCCUUAAUUGGACUUUCAGCAGUGGCUCCCGUCUUUGAUGUCACCACGUGGACUUUCCCCAUUAUAUCUCUCCCUAUCAACCUGUACAUUUCCUACCUUGGCUUUCGUUUCUACAGAGAUGCUGACCGUGGUAGCUCCAGGAAGUUGUUUUUUUGCAGUCUCUGGCACUUACCACUGCUCCUCUUGUUGAUGCUAACAUGCAAGAAAUCAUUGCAUGAGAAGGAAAACAAACAGGAGACUGAGAGCACACUGUUGCGUUGAAAAAGUAACAUUGCCUUUGAGAUAACUGGCUUCCAAAGCUCUUCUUCAAAUUGAUAUAUGACGGUGAUCCUGCAGGGUGGGGAGGUUUAUGCUGACACUUUUCAGAGAACGUGUUCAAAAAAUCUUGUGUGUACAGUGAUUGAUUUCAAAUUAAAGGAUGUUGUUUGGGUUA